AUGGACGAAGCACAGUACAUCAUCGACGAAGUUAAUAGAGCGAUGGAUGAGAAGAGCAAGUUAAUCAUCGAGGAGAUGAGAAAUAUGUUGGAGAGAAGAAGUAACAAGGAAGGCGAGGAUGAAAAUGAACUGGAGGCAGUCGUGAAUGGAUAUGAGAUUGGCGAUUUCCUGGGGUCUGGAACUUAUGGAACUGUAUACUCUGUCGAACACCAAGAGUCUGGAGCUGUGUAUGCAAUGAAAAUAGUCCGUUUAAAGGAUGACUUGGUAAUGAAAAAGAUUGCUCGAGAGAUCUCGAUUUUGUACUCGCUUGAACAUGAGAAUAUAGUGAGGAUGCAGAAUGCCUUUUUCCAUAAGAAAACUAUCAUGAUGGUGAUGGAGCAUGCUAUAUAUGAUUUGAAUAGUUAUUUGAUAGUGAAGAAUGCUCCUGCCAACCCAAAGAAGUGGUUGAAAAACAUGUUGGAUGGGGUUGCUUAUCUCCACAGUAGAAACAUUAUACACAGAGAUUUGAAGCCAGAAAAUAUUCUGGUGGGGGAUGGUGAGAUCUUAAAGCUUGCUGACUUUGGAACUGCUAGGGAGUGGUUCAUCAUUGAUGUAGCUCUAACUCCAAAGUUGUCAACUUUGCUCUAUCGAGCUCCCGAGAUGCUACUUGACUUUCCCCUCUAUACAAGUGCUGUUGACAUUUGGUCCAUCGGGUGUAUAUUCGCUGAAUUUGAGAAGGGCAGUCCACUCUUUGGUCAUGCUGAUGAUAAUGAAAAUUUGAAGGAGCUUGUUGUAGUUGAUCGAAUUUGCAAGGAACUCGGAACACCUACUGAUUUUCCUGAUUUCCCACAGGAUAUAGCUAAAUAUCCUCAGGUCUCUGAACUAUUCCCAAAUCUUGGUGCUGAGGGGAAUGACCUUCUGAUGAAAAUGUUGAGCAUAAAUCCAACCACAAGGAUCACUGCUGAGGCAGCAUUGGCACAUCCAUAUUUAAUGGAAAACUGA